GGUGACCCCAUUCAAGACGAGACAAGCCCAAUUGUGGUCCAUUUUUCCAUUUCCGAAGAUAAAGUCUGCAACACUCCGCCGGGAGGAGACUGUAACAGAGUUUAUUAUUGGAGAGCUCCAGAUUUCAUAAAUGGCUCCCUUUUCGUCGACCUUUUGACGGAAAUUGUCGAUGCAAUCUCAGAUAGGGAUUCUCAAAGGUUUCUUGAAGUCAUUGAGCCUUCGCAAACGUCGUGGGCUGAGUUGCGACGAUGGAACCGGAAGCGUAAACAGUGGUUUAGCAUCAAUGACGACGACGUUUCAUUGAGCGUGCGGGAAGCGUGCUCAACCUUUAGUACCCCUGGAGACUUCAUUUCUCUUUUCCCACCUGAAGGGGAUUUUGGUAUCUUAAGUGCUGACGUCCUUAUUAACAACGACUCGGACCCCUCUGGAGAGAUUCGGAAAUGCAUUAAUCAGAAUAUUGCUUCCGACAUUGCUGCCGAUAUUGCCUUGAGUGGUGAGGAGUUUGAGAGCGCCGAGGAAACCGAGGAGAGCCAAGAUGUCUGUGUGGACGAUACAUAUCCGUCAGAUGAAGAAGAAGAGAUUGACGAAGUGCAAGAGGCAAAUCCUGAGAAGCCAUGCUAUUAUCCAUCACAGAUAGAAAUGGCAACUAUUCUGAAGAAACGAAUUGACACAAUUAUGUGGCAUUACCACAACAUCGCUAAGCUGAGCGACGCUUUCGACGACGUAGAGUUUGCAGUCUACACAGCAAGGUACCGGAUGCUUAGCGAUCAGACCGAGAAAAGGAUCUGUCACCCUGACGCUGGUGUUCUAUCGAAACAAGAACUCAAGUCACGUAAAGAGUGGAAUGGAAAGAAGAGAAUGUUCAUGUAUGUUCGCAGCGCGGAAACUGACAUGCAUUUUGAGCAGCUAAGAAGAGGCGUCCAAGAAAAACCAAGAACUCUUUUUAUCAUUAUUGCCGAUGAGUGCCAUUGGGGAAUAACAAAAGACAAAGACCAGAAACCAUCGGCACAUAAUCUGUUCAUCAAUGAAUGGUGUAAGGAAAACUCUCCCAUAAAUGUGGUCGUAGUGCAAAUCUCGGCAACACCUUUCAACCUUUUAACGCAGAACUCCCGCCUUCCUGAAGUCCGUUGCCUAAUUCUCUACGAGAGAACUUCUACCCUGCGAGGCAAUCAUUACGAAGCUGGCGAUCUCUUGGUUUUAGAAAGUGAACCUGAGAUUGAAAAACAUGACUUUUCAAAACCAACGUCCAAGGAAGUAGAACUUCAUGUUGUCCACUGGUCGGAGGUAGAGUUGAAGAACUUUGAAAGGGGAAUGCGGAUGAAACUCAAGUCAACAUUAACAGUCAAUCGUUCUCCACACCCUCGAUACCUUCAUGUUUCCACGGAGGGGAAACUGGGCGUCGUAUACAAUAAAAGUGAUGCCACUGACUUUCUUGUACAGGGGAGUCACGGUAUCGUGAUAAUCAAGGCCAUUUUAAACGAAGGCAAUGUCCGCACACUGACGGGAGACUCGCACGGAAUGCUGGGAACCAUUGUCCACCCUCAGGAAUCAGCUAAGUUUGAGGUAAAGUUGGACUUUGGCGUUGGAGUUGUGGCGUUUUCUUGCAGUGACAGGAGAGAUCUCUAUUUAGCAGUCGACGACAAAGAUAACGUUUUGUUGCAAACAGCUAGAAUUGAAAGAAAAUGUGGUGUGUCUAUUAUGAAAGCCAAACACGACUUGGGUCGCGUUUCAUUCGAGUUUUACAUUGAUCAAUGUGGACCAGCAGAAGUUGACUUGGUUGAACAACAGUACAUGAGUUUAAACUACUAUCUAAGCACCAUGAACUGCUGUAAAAAGAGUGAUCAAAAGAUUCGUCAGGACAAGUUUUUUCAAGGGAUCGUGGACACGGCAAAAAGAAAAAUCAAGCGGUGCACACCCCACUCAUCAUCCCUCAAGAUAGAUGCCCUGCUAUGCGCGGAGUACUGCUACUAUAUUCUCCUAGUUGGCACAUACAACAGCGAUGACAAAAUCCGACAGGUACUUAUCAAUGGUACAGGAGAAUCUCCCGCUGAUCAGUUCACUGAAAAGGUUCGUUCUUUCAGAGAAGAACUCAAGAACAACGCAAAGUACAUUCAUCACGAAGCCUUUGAGUUGGUUGUAAGAGAAUGUUGCGGCGAGGUGAAAGAAACUUUCAUAGACAAUGUGAAAAAAUUCUCAAGAUCCCAAAAACAAAACAGAUCAACUGGUAAACUGGACUCUAAUCAAAAUUUAGAAACAGAAUUUGUUGCCUGUCUGAUGCACUUGUCUCGGGAAGAUCUAAAAACUAUCUUGGAAGACCCCCUCAUGAAUGGUAUUCUAAAAGAGAUCAAGACGUCACUAAAGCAAAACAACUGCCACAAGAUGAUUGAAAUAUGGACGGGUGUUGUUCGGCAGUACGAAACAGGAUUUCUUGUAGAAAGCCUAAUCCAGAGUGGCAAAGGGAAAUGCGGUAAAAUGAAAAUUGUACGAGCAAAAAGCAUGGAAACCGCCAAUCAGUUUUACCACACUCUUAAAUUGGCCAGGAAACUGUCCUCCUUGGAGAAUUCAUUUGAGAUCAUAAGAGAUUAUGGUGGAAUCCAAAUCGAGAAACAGAUGAUGAAAUCAUCAAGUCCUUUCUUCCUUAAGCUCCAGCCAAAGGAAUGCCAGUUUCAAUUUGACUGCCGUUGCCGUGAGCUUGAGCUACGCCCCGGCCGCAAGAAGUGUACCAAUUGUCAACACGUUCAUAAGUCAAUCACUCAGUAUGAAGACUUAGAAAAUUUGGCAUGUGUUCUCAUCCUGGUUGAUAAAGGUCGCAAGGGGGACACAUUUCCCCAAAGCUUUGAUUGCCUUGACCUUCGACUAAACUGUGACAGUAGUCGGGAAUUCAAAGAGGGCUCACCACUUUUUUUGUCAAUUGUCAUUCAAGAACUUGGAAGAAUGUGCCGUUAUGCAAAGGCGUCAAUCCGAGAAUCACGUGAUCAGUACAAUCCUUAUGUGUUGGUUGGAAGGGAGCUUUACAAAAGGCUUGGUGAAUCAUUGAAACGUUCCCCAGCUAUGAGCACAAUUUAUUGUACCAGAGCUGAUCGGUACAUGUCAACCUCCAAAAGCAAACUUGAGACAUCAUCUUCACUGCGUUGGUUGGACUAUGAAGCUCAUAAGGAUCGCUAUGAUUACGGUAACAAGCAAACACAUUGCAACAGAAUCCUUCUCCAAGCUGAACCCCAGAUCGGCAAAACGGGUACCUAUCUUUGCCUCAUUAAGCAGCUUAGGCAAGACAUUCUUGGAAAAGAAAAGAGGCCUCUGACACAAACUACCGCAUUUGAUGAAGGCAGCUUUUAUCUCCAUGAACAAUGCGACUCCCUUGACGAGACAAUAGAAAGCAGCGUGGAAAGCGAUGAAAACUGGCAAUUUCCCUAUUGGAAGACGAUCGAGAACUCUCCCAGUCUUUACGAAAAAGCGGUGGGACAGGGGAAGUAUUCAAUUGGAGGGCUCUUCUACACUCACGACAUCGAAGAUAGUCCCUUCUUCCUAAUGAAACGAGAAAAGAAGAAGCCAAUCAAGUCAAUUCUCAAUUAUGAGAGAUUGCUAUCAAGACAUUGUGGAGAUGGUGUUCGCGCAUGGCAUUGGUACCAUUUUGAGAACUGUGUUGAAUGCGGAAGACUACUUCAAGGAGAGCGGCCAGUUUUGGAGACGCUUGAAGUAACCAUAGAUAGCGCUCCGGUAACGGUCACUUGUUCAAUUCCAACCAGCAGUCUAGCAUACAAUUACCUGCAACGUCAUCUCAGGAGUUUUAGGUCAGUGGAAGUGUCCUGGACCGAGUUCAACUGCCCUGGAGUGACCUCGCUGUCUUAUUGGAUAUUCCAUCCCUCUCACAGAGAUGAUCCGCGAAAGUGUCUUCUAAACUAUCAUCACGUGAUGCAAGAAGAAAACCAAGUAGCUAGUUAUCUGCAAGUUGCUGUGGUUCGAAGUGAAAUGUUCCAGGCCUACAAAUCCACCUGGGGGAAGGUGAUUGCAAUAUUUCAGCUGCCAGAUGAACUACCGAACUGCGAACUUGGACCGAGUGAAGGAGGUGUGGGUUACGCGAGGUUGUUUAUUCAGAAAAUUGCAUUUGCUCUAAGGCUGGAAUACGUUUAUGUGAUUGAUGACAAUGUGGCCUUGAUGUCCGAAGCAGUGUUGAGGUCGGACGAAGGAAGAACAACAGGUCAGAGCGUUGUCAGAGAUGAGAAUGGAGUGAUGAAGAUGGAAAGAUGUUCUUUCUUAAAACCUCUCACUUACCUUCAGAAAAUUGCAAACGGAAAAGGCAUCCACCCGAUGAAAGAAAGCAAUACGAGCCACAUCCUUUAAAGGAUCAGCCCGAGGGCCGACAGUUUCCCCUGUAUACGUAUACAGGUCCCGCUAAGUUGUUUGGUGACAGCCCUUUCAAGAGUUAUGGCAUUCUAGGUCUUCUCAGAAGUGUCCCCAUAUCGGUCAGGCCAUUUGCGAAGACCCAGGUUUAUGCUGCUGUUUUGUUGAAUGUCAAAAGCACGGUGGAAAAGGAAGUGUUUUAUCGACCAUGGCCGUGUUGGGAAGACUUGCGCUUCAACGACGAUUGCGACAAAGCUGGUUUAUGGGUAGUGAAAUGCAAUCGCUUCCUUUUUCACAAAGUCCAAUACAACGACUGGAUCAAGGAUCUCGCACGUCCGACUAUUUUUGUAUGGAAAAAAGAUAGCUUUCUGGAAAAACGACCACUUGCUAGUGCGCUGCCAAAGGUAGUUGAGGAGGAAAUCAUCUUGGACCACCUUCGCAGCUUUGUCAACACUAAGGGCCAUGAGAAUUGCUUCAAAGGACAGAUUGGAUAUGAUCGGCCGGACGAUUGUGAGGACCAACUCUCCCCCACAAAAAUUAUUGACAGUCUUGACCUUCAGAACUACGAAUGGCAGGAGCUCGGUUCCACUGAUGAAGUUCCAGUCCUUAUUGUGUCGUACUGUGCUUCAGCUGCUAAUCGGAAGACCAGAGACAUGAUGCUUUUGAUUUCAGCGUUUUGUGCAGCCCAAGAAAAGAUUGUUUUCAUCACGAGUGCUAAAGAUGCAAUAGAAAGGUGGCCCGGGUUGACUCUGGCGACCAUAGCGUCGCACAAUGGAAUUUGCCUCACUUCCGAAAUGAGCGACAGAUGUGGUCGGUUUUCCAUUUUGUCUGCCGCUGACCCUAGAAGACAUCAUCUACGGUGGAUUGUGAUCGAAGCAUCCUUCUCGAAAGAAGAUGGCAUGAUGCUGGAAGAAUUAAAUGUAGCUGUUGAAAGAAACGUCUCUGAAAAUGCCACAAAAGCGGACGAAAGUAUCCUUGCUGAUCAUCAGCAACACUUCAGUGGAGAAAGUACAAAAGCAUUUGAAGAGGGAUCUGUCAGCACAAAGAGUAAAGGAACUGUGGAUGUAGGAACAUCCACCCAACCACUGUUAAGAAGCGAUUCAGGUACCAAAGAAUCCCUUAGUACAAACCGUUCUCCUCAUGAAAUCUCAUGCCUUAAAAGGACGUUUCAAGAAACUCUAGAGCCAUAUCGUCAGGAAUGUUCGACUGUCAAGGAAUUUCUUGAAGAAAUCACCUGUCAAAAAUCAUCUUUUCUCCCCUCACACACGUUUCGUCAUGAUUCACCUAAUGCAAAGCAAAGAAUUGUUGAAGAGUCUCCAAGCAAGCGGCGAAAAAUUGUUGAUUACUUUGGCCAGAAAAUUAAAAACAGGGAAAAGCGUAACAGAAAGGGAAGUAAAAAUGAUGAAGCCACUUCGGAAAACGAACAGUCACAAGUAAGAAAGAAAAAGAAAAAGGAAUUAAAAAGUGAAAGUAGCCAGAAAAGUAGGAGCCCCACUAAUGCUAGUCAAGUGAUAAUGUCAAAGAACAAAGAGGACAAGAAGAGGGCAUCUAUAUCUUCGCUACAUGAAGAAACUGAUGAAGAUGUAGAAACCACAUCUAAUACUAGCAGCCAAACGAGCACGUAUUCCAUACAGGAGGAGGACACAGAAUGGCCCAGUGUACCAGAUACAUACAGUGCUGAUGAUGUUGCAAGUAACAGUGAUUUUAAUACAAGUUCCCUACAUACAACGUCCACUUCGAGAAAUCAAAACGCCGAAGAAAUGUCAUUAUACAUGGCGGGAACUAACGACGUCACAGCAGUGAUUGUUAACCUUUGGAAUCAACGCAAACAGAUGAAAAAAGGAGAAGAUCUUUCAAAGGAACACGUUGAAAAAAGUCUCGACUGCUUUGUAUGUGGGGAGUUGGAGACAAAAGACCAACAUGGCUACAAUGCACUUUUAAAGGCGUGUUCCUUGCCUUCUAUGAGUCCUCAUGUAAUGCAGCACCUGUUAGUCGUUCGAAAAGUCGACUUAAACUGUAAGCUUCCAGAUGACUUUGACAGGGACCACCGCUCAGCCAAAGGGUUAAUUCCUGGAAUGUCCGCUCUGUCAGUAGCGAUAAGGAGACAAAAUAUAAGCUGCAUUUCAACCUUCAAAAGACGAGAAACAGAAACCAAUGUAAGAGACGCUGACCAGGAGGGGAACACUGCUUUGCAUCACUGUGUUGCAUCGGCAUCGAAAGGAGCAUUCCAGAAGCUGUUCCCACUUUAUAAAGAAUUAAACUGGAAAACAAUGUUUAACAGAGAACUGGAAAGUCCUCUGGACAUUGCACAGAACUUGGCAAUGGACAGUGCUGCAAAAAAGAAACAAGCACUAGGCUACAUCCUUGAAGAAAUGGAGAGAAGUAGCCCUUCAGAUGUAUUCAGGUAAAUGGCAAUUGACGGCUUUGCUUGCUUCUUUUUAAAGAGGUUAUAACCAAAGGAUACCGUAAAUACUCGAUGAAACCCCCCCCCGCGCGCGGUGUGUGUGUGUGUGUGGGGGGGGGGAGGGUUUCCUAGAGAGAGGAGUACUUAAAAAGUUUUUAUAGCCAAAUUCGUUGUUUUCGCGCUGCUCGUUUGCAAACUUCCAAUGGGUUUUUCUGUUCCGUCUAUCAUUUGCGUGGAGGCGGAGUUAAUGCAAAUCACAAUGCAACGCACUCGCCCAGCUUGGCCCGCAAAAACAAAACUGAGAAUGACUCAAGACUGCUCAAGAAAAGCAAAGGAAAUCGCGAUGAUGAGUAAAAUUUUUGUCGAGAGCAGGAGGCAGACAUUGCUUUAUUCUUGCAAGAGACAAGAAUAAGAAAGAAAAAUCUUUGAAGAAAACUAUUCGAUUAUUGCCCCAAACAGGGCGAUCACAAGCAACGAGCCUUUAAACACAGAAAUAAACAGAGUAGAUCGAAAUGCAUGAAUCACAAGUAAACAUGUGUUUCCUAAGAGGUCCGUUAAGAUGAUUGACGGGACAUAAAAACCCAAAAUUCUUUUGAAGUUUGCAAAACGCGCAGCGAGAUACAACGAAUUUGGCUAUAAGGUAUUUCGGAAAAUAACCUUCCUGCACUAACCAGGGAGUAUCCACAACGAUUUUGACCGGUUUUCACCGUUUAUGAUAAAAACGGGUCAGAAUUUUAACAAGGAAAGGAAAUGACACCUUAGCCUUAUUGAUGAUUAUACCUAAGUUGCACGGCCCAAAUCCCCUGCAGGAUUUCAACUACCAUGUGGUAUGAAAGUUACGAGGAUGUUCAAUUUCGCGGAUGAUUUCUUAUUAGCUCUGGGGAACCAAUUGACGCAAAUUUUAAGACUAUGGCUAUUUCCGGCGAAAUCGAAGUCGCUAAGAUCGCUUACGAGACGACGAUCUUAGAUUUCCGUGAUUCUGUCGUCCUCGUGGCUGCUCACGCAAAAAAUGUCUUGAUAUGUGACAAUUAACUGACGAUUUGUCGGAAAACACCCGAAAGAACGACUCUCGUAGGUACUCAUAGAUAGGCUCAAUUUUACUAGAUUUCCUGCUUUGAGGGCAUGAAUGCAUCGCUGCAGGUCGCUCGGUUAGAAAACCUGUAAUGAAAAUAUCGUGAGUUAACACGAAGCUAGUGCGAUUUUGUCCUUCUCGAGGAUUUUCUUCGUUAACUUUAAUAAGUCCCUUGGCGAAUAAGGACACGUUACAUGAUUACUUAAUUGAGUACGAGUACACUCUUUGGAAUACCAAAAUGAACAUGAUAGUCGUGACACAACCCCUUUAACUACAUGACAAAGUACAACCCGCCACCAGCCUUCGAGCAAUCUCUCCUAAUUAAGCGAGGGAAGCGAGCUGCGCGAGAACGCGCGAGCGAGCAGCACCCCCGCUUUCGCGUCUCCUCUCGCGUGCCUUUCGCUCGUCUACUUUUCACGAUAUCCCCCAAAUGGAGAGCUUUCUCGCAGGCUAACCCGGUACAGAACUUGCAAACGCGUUUUCUGUAUACGUUCUCACGUUUUUCCAUUUGUUGCAGUGUUAAAUCAUCUGACGAAGAAGACUUGUGA